CUGGGACCUAUUCAUCCACUUUGUCAUUCUUCAAGUUCCAACAUCCAAAUCCUUCAAAGCCAGCUAGUCAAAAGGAUAUAUAAAGACCCCAACCAAGGGCAAAGGAGACACAAACAAACAACAAGAAGAAGGGUCUCUAUUCUCUAAUUUACCUCUGCAGGGCUUGAAACCAUGACUUUGGUAGAGAGAGUUGUGGUUUUGUUUAUAGUGAUGACAAUUGUGAAGGUUUCAUAUGCAGCUGUAUACAAGGUUGGAGACUCUGCUGGUUGGACUACCCUUGGCACCAUAGACUACAGAAAAUGGGCUGCUACCAAGAACUUCCAAAUUGGUGACACUAUCAUAUUCGAAUACAAUGCCAAAUUCCACAAUGUGAUGCGAGUGACGCAUGCCAUGUACAAGACAUGCAACGCAUCAUCUCCUAUUGCUACCUUCACAACUGGCAAAGACUCCAUCAACAUAACCAAUCAUGGUCACCACUUCUUCUUCUGUGGCGUCCCUGGCCACUGCCAAGCAGGACAGAAGGUUGAUAUUAACGUGCUCAAGGUUUCUGCAGAAGCACCUACUCCUUCAGGUUCAGCUUUGGCCUCUCCAACCGUUCAAGCUUCCACUGUGCCCGCACCUUCUCCUAGCAAUGCUACCCCAUUGAUUUCUCUAAAUGGAUCUUUUGGUUUGGUGGGUUUGGCCAUGGGAAUCCUUUCACUUGCUUUCUCUAGCUAUGUCUAAUAAGAAAGUGUUUUGUUUAGUUUGGUUUAUGUACUUCUUUUGGUUUUUUUCUUGUAUGGGAACUCAUCAAGGGAACUUCUCCAACUCCUUUGCCUAGAUUAUUGGGACGUUUGUAAACCAUUUUGAAUGACAAAGAAAACAUUUAUUAGAUAUAUUACAAUGUAUUUUUCCUAUCAA